GCUUCGCUCGGUAAGUUCGGGAAACUUCCAGCCACCCUCGGUGCGUCCAAUCCCGGACUCACCUCCCUGCAAGUACGUUUGUUAUAGAGCUGGACAAAUUCACUUCAAAAAUAUGUUCAAUAACAAACGUAUCGACCUGAAAUAUAUUGUCGAAGAAUAUACAAGUGUCGCAGAGAAAUUCGUUGCCAACUAUCGCCUUUCUGGUACUCGCGUUUUUCACUCGAACGACCGUCAAUCAGUCCUCAGCGAUACUGCGCUUCAAGCUUGUGUUAUAGCCACGCCAACAAAUACCCACGAAGCUUUGAUACUCGCAAGUUUGGAAGCGGGAAAAGCCGUAUUUUGCGAGAAGCCUUUGGCGAACAGUGUGGAAGCGAUUGGUAAGUACAUCAGUUUCAAAAAUCUUGGGACAGAUGCCACCAAAACCUUUAAUUUCAACAAACGUGGUGGUACAUUUAUUAUUUAUCACUUAUUUACUGAGACCGAGGUCGAGGAAAAUAGUGUGUUUCGUGGACCCGAGGCCACCGUUGUUGCCCGAGGCGAAAAGCUGAGAGCAACAACGGCGGUCGAGGGACCACAAAACACACUGCUUUCCCGAGGUUAAUUUUAUUAAGUGUCAAAGUAUGAAUAAGUUACUGUUUAUUGGAGUGAACUUAGGCCACAUAAAAAAAAUUACUUGUUUAGCGUCCACCCAUUUUAAUUUUCCUAGGUCGGGCGGGCGGAUUUUUUUUUUUUUUUCGUAAAAUGCAACACAAAAUUCUGCUAAAUGCAGGAAAUCCAGUAUAUUACCACAGUCAAAACUCACUUUAAUUCUUUCAAAAUCCGUUCAUGUUUUUAAUACCGUUCAUGUUUUUAAUAAAACAGAAAUGAUUACCGUUUGGCGGUCACGCGCGAACACUUUAGCUGCGAGGAAGGAGUAAACGUAUUACAUAGCUCCCAGAAGAAUAAAAUCACCAUUUUUUCAAGUAAAACGGUCUUUUUUAUAGAGAGUUUUUGCACUAAACUCGAACGGAUUUAAAAAAAAAAUAAAAAAAUUGGAGGUCGGGGACUUUUAUCAGGUCGGGCGGGGACGCUAAACAAGUAAUUUUUUUUAUGUGGCCUUAAUCUGAAACCAAAACUGCAUAAAUAACUCGAGACAACAUAUUUAGCAUAUAAGACAGGUAAUGCAACAGCCAAUAGAAUCUUACUAUUUUUCCGCCAUGUUUUGCACUAUACUGUAUAGGUUAUUAAUGCCCAGCAUAAAACACGUAAAAGAGCCAUAACAGAAAUAUAAUUUAAAAUAUUUAUUUGAAAGCUAACGUUUCGUCUUUAACUUAAGACAUCUUCAGAGCAAUGACAUACAAAGCGGAAAACACAGAAAUUUCCGCUUUGUAUGUCAUUGCUCUGAAGAUGUCUUAAGUUAAAGACGAAACGUUAGCUUUCAAAUAAAUAUUUUAAAUUAUAUUUCUGUUAUGGCUCUUUUACGUGUUUUAUGCUGGGCAUUAAUAUUUAUCCUAAGAUUACGAUUUCCGCCUGGUUCAUCUAUCGCAAGUACCCUGUAUAGGUCAUAUAGUGAGAGCCAAUAGGAAACGGUGAUUUUGCAUGUCCUUCGUCACGUUAAUGAUGUUAAUGAGACUUUACGUAUAUGGUUUUGACCAAUUGGCAAACAGAAAAAUUGAACUUUGACACUAACAAACUAUAUUAUUAUUAGAGAGGUUAAGAUACCCCGGUUCCGCUUUACGGGAACGGAUAAUAUACACAUACCCAUACCCGUAACUUAAGUGCCAUAAAAUUAUCAAUAUAGAAAUAAUUUUACUCAUUUAGGCUAAAUCUUUUCUAGCAAAAUGCUAUGACGAAGCGCAUAAGAGAAAUCUUCAACUGAUGUGCAGUUUUAAUCGUCGCUUCGACCCUGGUUUUAGAGAGAUUUAUAACCGUGCGAAGGCUGGUGAACUUGGUCAAGUCCAGAUGGCGAAGCAAACAAGUCGUGACUACCCGCUAUCAUCGAUGGAAUACUUCAGGAAUACCAAAGGGAUAUACCAUGAUUGUGCAGUACAUAAUAUUGACCUAGUCACGCGGAUCUUUGGUGAAAGACCGCGCACUGUAUACACAACGGCCCAUGCCUUCAUUAAAGAAAUUGGAGAAAUGAAUGAUGUUGACACCGUAGCAAUUUGUCUGAAAUUUCCAAGUGGAGGAAUAGGGUUAAUUGAUAUAUCGAGGUAUGCUUGCUUUGGUUACGAUCAAAGACUGGAAGUCUUUGGUGACCAAGGGAUGCUGACAGAGCAGAAUUAUCGAGCGACAAAUGUCACGUUUUCGGGGCAGGAUGGGGCAACGACCGGGCGGAUUUAUGAUUCGUUUGCAGACCGAUAUGCAGAGUCUUAUGUAAAAGCCUUAGAUCAUUUUGUUGACGUUGUGCAAGGGAAGUGUGUUGCAGAAAUAACGAAGGAAUCGACCUUGCUCGUUAGUGAGAUUGUUGAUGCCUGCGACAAGUCACUUGCUACAGGGCAACCAGUUACAUUGCCUGAGUAAGAAUACUGAUAUAAAUGUAGCCUAUUGUAUGCUUUGUAUGUCAUUGCUCUGAAGAUGCAUGUCUUAAGUUAUUAGUAAAACUUAAGAUGCAUGGUCUUAGUAAAACUUAUAAUAUAAU